AUGAAAUCUGCCCUAACAACGACCCAACCAGGUGAUACAACGGAAGCAUCAACCCCACGCCGGACUACCAUCUACGACUCUAACAUCGAGCUCAACGCCAUCAAUCCGCGCCACUCUGAAGCUGUUGGAACCGCACCGGAAUUCUCCCUUCCACCAGUCGACAGAGGCAAAGACGCAUGGCUCUUCCUACUCUCAGCUUUCAUCCUAGAGAUCCUAGUCUGGGGCUUCCCCUUCGCCUAUGGCAUCUUUCAAGAAUACUACACCUCGCACCCGCCCUUCGAAGGCGAGCACAACAUCGCCAUCAUCGGCACAUGCGCUAUGGGGCUCAUGUACCUCUCCUCACCCCUAGUCUUUGGUAUGCUUGCUUGGUAUCCCAAGUUAAGGAGGCCUUGCAUCCUGAUUGGACUGAUUAUCAUGUGUUUGUCGCUGGGACUGAGUAGUUUGAGCACAACAGUUCCGCAUUUGAUUGCGAGUCAGGGCGUGUUUUAUGCAAUUGGAGGUGCGCUGUGUUAUAGUCCGGCCAUUACGUUUAUGGAUGAGUGGUUUGUGAAGAGGAAGGGGAUGGCUUUUGGGAUGAUGUGGGCAGGCACUGGCCUAGGCGGCGUCAUACUCCCGCUCCUCCUACAAUUCCUCCUCAACAAAUACGGCUUCCGCACCACCCUGCGCGUCUGGGCGGUCGUUCUCUUCGCCGCAACCGCCCCCUUAUACAUGUUCCUCAAGCCUCGUCUGCCGGUUGCUCAAACCACUAAUCAUCGAGCCUUCAACCUAUUCUUCCUCAAGAACAAAAGUUUCCUGCUCCUCCAACUCGGCAACAUCCUCGAGGGCUUCGGUUACUUCGUACCCUCCAUCUACCUCCCCACCUACGCCAAAUCGCUGGGCGCAUCAAACAGCGUCUCAGCCCUGACACUCAUCUUGAUCAACAUCGCCGCCGUCUUCGGGUGUGUGGUCAUGGGCUGGAUAGUAGACCGUUGGCACAUCACAACCUGCAUCUUUGUCUCAACAGUCGGCUCCACACUCUCCGUCUUCCUCCUCUGGGGCUUCUCAACGCAUCUCUCCCUGCUGUUAGUGUUCUGCGUCAUGUAUGGCCUGUUUGCGGGGAGCUACACCACGACGUAUCCGGGCAUUAUGAAGGUGGUUAGCAAGAACCAGCAGACGGCGGAUCCGACGAUGGUGUUUGCGGUGCUGGUCGCGGGGAGGGGUAUUGGGAAUGUGGCCUGUGGGCCAGUGAGUGAGGCGCUGAUCAGGGCUGGGGAGGUGGGGCAGAAGGGUCUGUAUAACAGUGAGUAUGGGCCGCUUGUGUUGUUUACGGGGAUUAGUGCUGCGUUGGGUGGGUUGAGUUGCUUUGGGAGGAAGCUUGGGUGGUUCUGA